CGAAAACUACAAAUGCUACAACAGUGAUCCAUUGCUCCAAUAAAAGGGGCAGCAACUGGUGGGACGCCGACGGGAAAGUAUGGCAACCCUAGUUACAUGUUCGGGAGCGUUGGAGCGGAUUGCUUUUGUUAGGGUUGCAGUGCACGGACCAUUUUGCGGUCAUGGGGCAUGAGUGUGCCAUCACUGUUGACUGUGAAUGGGUGACUGGCAGGCAGCAUCGCCACCCGUGGGGGCAGCAACAGCAGCAUCAGUAGGUGGCGCGCGAGUCAAGUCAGAGAAGAGUACAGACAGGCAGGGCUGGGCACUGGCGCCCUUGAGAGUCCCAGCAGAGAGAGUCUGUCUCACGGAACACCAUCGUCAUGCCCCAUCUGCCAUCCUUCUCGGGUCAAGUCGAGUGAGCAGCACUCUUUCGAUUGAAACAACGAACACACCCACCCGCAAGCCGACAUCCAGCUUGGUACUCACACAAACGCACGCUCGGGCACACAACUUGCCAGCCCUCCCCGCCGCGCCGCUGCAAGUCAAAUUUGCGUUACCCAACAUAUCCCAGGCGAGCCACAAGAGGAGGCGCUCUCGUUCUUCAAUCACAAUGGCGGACCAACUGGUGAGUCUAUCGCUUCCCCUUCCCUCCCCUGCAUCUUCCUCCUCCCCAUGCUCCUCUUCCAGUCGGGCAGCGCAGUGCAGCAUGGAGGAUCGUGUUCAUGGAAGAAAGGAGAAAGGGAGGGAGAAGGCGGCACGCUCGGCUUUGCUGCCGCUCCUCGCUCGGCAACAGGAGCCUGCCAGCGCUGGCCAUUCGGCAGGCAGGUUGUGAAGAUGGGAUUAGGAACAUUGCACGCGAAGUGGCGCUGUAAUCUGGUCAACAGACAGAGGUCUGGUCACCAAAUGGAAGACAAGAAGGCGAGCCGCUGUGUAAGCGCUGCAGGACAUCCACCGACGUCCUGAUCAAGCACAGCACAGCUCGCGUCGGUCCCCAUACAGCAGUAGCAACACCAAAACAAUCGUACACAGGGACCUGGCUUGCAGCUACACCGCGCACUUCCGGACCUCAGCAAUCGGCAUUGACUUCAGCUCGCC